AUGGCCUGGGGAAAGCCUGGAACCGGCGUGGUGAAGUCGUACGCCGUGGAGUGGUCGACCAUGGAGCAGACGACAGCCAAGGCCGCGGAGCGGGUGAGGGACGAGCGGGUCCCCGAGGAGGACGAGGAGGAGGACGAGAACCCCGUGUGCCCGCUCUGCAUUGAAGAGCUCGACGCCACGGAGAUCCAAUUCCGGCCAUGUCCCUGCGGAUACCGCGUGUGUCUGUUCUGCUACGAGCGAAUCAAGCUCGAGCUCAAAGGCAUCUGUCCCAGUUGCCGUUCGACCUACGGCGACCCGCAAAUGGCGGCGCCGCCGCAGCCAACCGCAUCGGGUGCGUCAUCGUGUAAACGGAGGGGGUCUAUCUCUCGCAACGGCGACAGCAAGGCGUCCGAGCAGGGAGCGUCGAUCGCUGGAGCGUCGCUGGGAGUGUCGAUUCUGGGAGCUGGCGACCAUCGCUGCCAUUCGCGAGUGUCGCCCGCUCCGCCGAUACUCGCCGCGUCGGAAUUCCCGACUCUAUCGUCGUCGCCUCCGCUCUCAGUUCAACCUAGAAGGGGGCCAUCAUGGGAGAAGCCUCGUCCGGCCGUUCCACCGUCAGCCGCCCCACCAUUCCCACCACCAUCAUCAUCAUCGUCGUCAUCAGCAGCAGCAGCCGCAGCAGCAUCUUCGUCAUCAGCAUCGUCGUCCUUAGCGCCAUGGGCGUCAGUCUCAGCCACAGCCACAGCCACAGCCACAACCACAGCUACAGCCCCUCCAUCGUCGUUUCCGCCACUCCUGCCGCUGGACCCGCCUCAGCAGCCCGCUUCGCAGAGCCACGUGGCUUCGAGUCACGCGACGCAGAGCCGCGCAGCUGCGGCUGCGGGCGCGCGGCGUUUAUCGUCCGACGCCCAUGCCGCGUCGAGCGUAGAGAACUCCGGUGCGUCUUGGCCCGCGCUCAAGGCAGAGCCAGCUUCGGCAGCCGCGUCUGUGUCCGCCGUAUCGAGUCAGUCUCAAACGGGGAAGUCUGCGGGCAGAGACGCACGCAAGGAGCUGGGCGGGGAGAAGGGUAAGGAAGCGGGGAAAGCGGCCGAGGGUGACAAGUCCGCGACGGUCGCUUCUGGGGCCCCUGCGGCGGCGGGUAGGAAGCAACAGCUUCCGCUAGCUUCGGCGGGUGCUGCGACGGAUGUCGCGGUAUCGAGUUCCGCGUCGUCCGCAGCGGUUCGUUCUUCGGCAAAGGCGUCGACUCGCACUGUCAGUCCUCCGCCCGUGCCUGCCAACUCCGCCUCACGCGUGCCCGCCACCGCGUCUCACGAGCCGGCGCGCGACAACGGCGCGACCAGCACUGCCCCAUCCAAGCCUGUCACCCCGCCUCCUGGCUUCCGCCCUCCCGCUCCCCCUGGCUUCGCGCCCCUGUCCCCGCCUCCUGGGUUCGGCCCGUCCGCGGGCGCCAAGAAAGCGGACGCGGGCGCGGGUGCGAGCGCGCUAGUACAGGCCGAUGUGCAGGCGCAGGCCGCCGCAGCAGCAGCAGCGCGGGCUGGAUCGGGGCUAGGGUUAUCCGUGCAAUCGGUGGAGUCAGUGGGAGCAGCAUGGGGGUGGGGGGCCUCGGGCGCACUUGCCGCCUCCUCCUCUGCCUCGUUUGGCUCUCCUCUGCUGACCUCUGGCUACUCCAGCGCUGCAGGCUACCCCACCACCAGUGCAGCCGGCUAUACCGGUGCUGCAGGGUAUUUCUCAGGGUAUGCCAGUGCUGGAGGGGUGUCGGGGCGGAGUGGGAGUGAGGUUGGGGCGUCGGGGAGUGUGGGGUUGGCGAGAGGGACGUGGGGUGGAGGGGACGCGGAUGCUGCUGUGGCUGCUAUUGCGAGCAUCUGGGGUCAGGAGAACGGUGCGACGGCUGCUGCAGAGAACACCAAGUGGCAGUCAGUGGGGUCAGGCCUGCAGUCCUUCUCAGGAGGGUCCAUGUCCAUCCCCAUGUCCACGUCGCUCUCUCUCCUCGGAGCUUCCAUCUGGAGCAACGGCUCCAUGCAACCCUCUCAGCCGUCUCAGCACCCCAGCGUUUCCCAGCACUCCGGCAUGUGGGGUUCCUCGGCGCUGGCUCGCUCUCCCUCACCGCAGCCUGCAGCAGCUCUCGCCUCUGCUGCCCUGCUCUCGCAGGGUGGAGGGAGUGGGGCAAGGGGGGCUUGUGCGCCGCUCUUCCCUCCUGGGAUAUCGUCGGUGUCGCUUGGGCAGGGUGUUUCCUCGUUUCACCAUUCGGUUUUGCCGCUUGGACUCCCGCUGGACCGAGCAACUGACGUGGAUGCGGUUCUAAGAGACGUCAAGACGUUGCUUACCAACCCUUCCAGCAAGGCGACAGACACACAAGCCGGCACUCACCUCAACCAGCGGUGCAUCCUGGCCGUUGAUCGCGGAAGCAUCAACGCCUCUCUGCUGGCCGACACAUCGUCUCCGGAUUAUCUGGAAGACAACGCCAGGCACCUGCCGUCAUGGCUCUCCUCCCAGCUCAUCAACCAGCUGUACGCGCAGCGCCAUGGCUACACUUUCUACUCGAUAGAAGCCAUCACGCCUAUGCUCAUAAGCGAAGGCAUCGACCCCAACACCAUUAACAGGUGCGCCAACAUGCUGUCGGUGUUGACCUGGACGACUUUUGAGGGGCGGAAAGCCCGCCUGUUGCAUCUCAGCCAUUCUUCCCUCUCUCUCCCAGCUUUGAGACGCCUCAUGUCUCUUCCUUUCCUCUUUACUCUAUACCGCCCACGACCCCCCGCCCUCUCCCCCCGACCCCUCCAACCCCAGAUCGCCUUCAUAAACCGCCAGCUGGCGUGCUGCUGCCGGUGGGUGCUAGCCCUGGUGGACGGAGCAUACAUCCGUUUGGAGCAGCACAGCCUGCCCGUGGAGCACUGGCUUGCACUCGUGGCGCUCCACACAGACAAACUUACAGCAGGCCGAUUAUCACGCUGUGCCUCCUCCCCUUUCUGCCAGAUCGCCUUUAUCAAUCGGCAACUAGCAUGCUGCUGCCGGUGGGUGCUAGCCCUGGUGGACGGAGCAUACAUACGUCUGGAGCAGCACGGCCUGCCCGUGGAGCACUGGCUUGCACGCCUGGCCCUGCCCGACACCUUUGAGUGGAUCACGCGCUCGGGCAUAGACAUGGAUAAUCAGACCUGGUUCCCCUCUGACCCUGCCUCUCUGGUGGCUGAUGGGAAUUCGGAGCAGGAGGGGAAGGGGGGAGCAGAUGAGCGGCAGGAGAAGCACGGGCAGGAGGGAAAUGGGAGGUGGGGGGGGGAGCAAGGUGGAGAAGGGGAGGAGGAGAGGGAGGGGAGGGAGGGGAAGGCGCGGAGAUUGAUAGGGUUGGUGGGGCGGUCGGGGGAUGGGGUGUAUGGGCUGGCGGGCAAGGCGGGGACUCUGUUUCAUGAGAGCGUGCCGUUCGUGGGCAACGCUGCAGUGCUGCUCACUCACAGUGGGGACACGUUCAAGGUGCGUCAAGGUGAAGGUGAGACGUGUGCAAGGUAG